AUGGCUCUGGCGACGGUUUGGAGAUUUUGGAUGGUGCUGGGGUUGGUGUCCGGGAGCCUGAGUCUGGGCUGUGAGAGGCUGCAGUUACAGCAAGUUCUCAACACAGAGACUCUGAGCAAACUGCACGAAAUAGGCGGACCCUUUCCCCUACACUGCCUAAGCCAGAGGUUCUCGUUGAAAACGAAGUCGUUGAACCUUGCGAAACUUUCCAGCGGACUGGAGGCUCAGGAGAGAAUUCAAAUAAUCCAUCAAACCCUGCACCUCAUCAACAAGAUCUACAGAAUUAACCUGGGUUCAGUGACAUGGGCUUGGGACAAGGUGGAAAACUAUCUUCUUCUCCUGGAUCUACAGCUCAGAGAAUUGGAAGACUGCCUGAGGAAAUCAGGGUGUGACCACAAGAUGAAGAGAAAUGCUGCCAUUCAACUGUAUUUCAGGAAAUUGGAGAAGUUCCUAAAACACGAGAAAUUCAGUGACUGUUCCUGGGAAAUAAUCCAUGCUGAGAGCAGAGCCCGUUUACAACAGCUGCAUUCCAUUAUGGCACAAGUCAGCACAAGAAACUGA